AUGGAAGCUAUAACUCAUUUUGCAGAGGUCAAAGAUGGAGAGUGUGUCUUUCCAUUCCAGUACAAAAACCAAACAUUCUACGACUGCGUCAAGUUCAACACAAGACACAGGUGGUGCUCAUUAAACGAGAUUUACAAAGGAUACUGGAAGUAUUGCAGUACAGAAGACUUUGCAAAAUGUGUGUUUCCCUUUUGGUACAGACGCAUGGUCUACUGGGAGUGUACAGAAGAUGGGAAUGCAUUUGGGCGAAAAUGGUGUUCGCUGACCAAGAAUUUUAACAGGGACAGAAUUUGGAAAUACUGUGAUUGA